AUGAAGAUAUUAAGCUCUUUAGGAAUUAUAUUAGCACUAGGAGGGGUGAUGGCAGAUGCAAGCACAGUAACAUCCAAUGGCACUACAAUUGGAGGAGGGUCAACUGAUAUAAGCAGCCACAGAUCUGCCAUAGAUUCAACUGACAAUGGAGAGAUUCAGGUAGGUAAGUUAAGCAAAGAGCAGAUGAAGCUUAUAAAUGGAUGGAAUAAGGGUAAGAAUGCUGAUAGUAUAGCAAAAAGACUUAAGCUCAGAACAGCGCUACGAGUUACGCUAUAUCUCCCAAUUGAAGAGCCCCUUUCUUUGAAUGAUUUAGGGCCUAACUCCAAAUUAGAAAUACUGAGUGCCUUGAUUGGAAUGGGAGCCUCUGUAAAGGCAGAUUCUGCUUCCUCAAUGCACACCACACUUCCUCCCGAGUAUGCAAGACUUGCCAAACAACAGCAACAGAGUGAAACAACAACAAGUAGCAGUGUAUCAAGCAGCUCUAAAAGCAGCACUAGAACAAAGCGCAGCUCACGUAGCUCUGGGCUUGUUCAAGAGUCUGUUGAGGAAGAAGAGGAAGAAGAAUAAGCCAUUUCCAGGCUUUACUUUGCAGUUAUCAAUAAUAAAACUGAAAUACGUAUCAUUGUAUCUGGGGUUGCUUAGUUCUAUUCUGUAUGAACAAAAGUAAUUUGAUUUAAAUGAUUAUGUAUUUAAGAAGUAUCCCAUUGUCCGCCUAUUUUAAUUUCCUUAUAAAUCCUUAAUGGACAGUUAAAGGGUACAAUAAAAUUUAAG